AUGAAAUUUAAUCCAUUUCUAUUGUUGAUUUAUCAUUUAUUAUCUAUUGUUUCAACAUUAUCAACACAAUCAUAUUCUAAAAGAUUUGGAUCAAGGUUAUCAGCAUUUACACCAAAAUUAUUUAAUUUCCAUCCAAAUGAACAUCAAACCACUUCAUCAUCACCAUUAGACUCAUUCAAGUUAUUAAAUACAAACUCAGACGAUUUACCCAUUGAGAAUAAACAAAUUCCAAAUAUUGAUAAUCAUUCAAAAGAUAAUACAAAUGCAAUUAUUCAAUUAAAUGAAAUGCCACCAUCCCCAAUGAGAUUCCCACCAAAAUUACCAUUUCCUCAAUGGCUUACAGAUUUUACAGGAUUAAAAGAAUGGCCAGAUUUAAAUCCACCUUAUAUACCAUUAGAUUUUAUAAAUUUUAAUAAAAUAGAUGAUUUACCAUUACAUCAACAAGCACAAUGUUCAAAUCCAAUAUUAAGAAGUCCAAUAGCUUGUUCUUUUGAUUGUUUUAAUUGUGUUGAAUUUGAUGAUGUUUAUACUUGUUCUAAAAUUUCACAAACUUUUGAUGAUGGACCAAGUCCACAUACUAGAAAAUUAUUAAAAGCUUUGAAAAAAACAAAUACUAAAACAACUUUAUUUACUUUAGGAGUUAAUAUUGUACGUUUUCCUGAAGUUUAUCAAGAAAGUAUGUCACAAGGUCAUAUAAUGGGAAGUCAUACAUGGUCUCAUAAAUUUUUACCAAGUUUAACAAAUCAAGAAAUUAUUGCACAAAUUGAAUGGUCAAUAUGGGCAAUGAAUGCUACUGGAUAUCAUUUACCAAAAUGGUUUAGACCACCAUAUGGUGGGAUUGAUAAUAGAAUUCGUUCAAUAUUAAGACAAUUUGGAAUGCAAUCUGUUUUAUGGGACUUUGAUACAUUUGAUUGGAAAAUGUUAGAUUAUUCAAAUAAUAGAAAUGAACAAGAUAUUUUUAAAGAUGUAUUAAAUUUUAAAAAAACAAAUCAAAAUAAAGGUUUAAUUUUAGAACAUGAUGCUAUUUUAAGAACUGUUGAUGUUGGAAUUGAAAUUUUGGAUCAUAUUUUAAUGGGUCAAGAACAAUUAACAGUACCUAAAUGUGUUGGUGGAAUUGAUUAUAUAAAAACUUUUGAAAGACCGAAACAUUAUUUAGCAACUGCUUAG